CGGCCCGUGCGGCGGGGUCGGAGGCGGCGGGCGGCGCGGGGCGAGGGCCGGGCAGGGCAGGGCGGCGCGGGGCGGCGCGGGCGCCGGCGACAUGCUGCUGUCGCUCGUGCUGCACAUGUACUCCAUGCGCUGCGUGCUGCCCGCCGCCGUGCUGCUGGGCUCGGCGCCCACCUACGUGCUGGCCUGGGGCGCCUGGCGGCUGCUGUCGGCGCUGCUGCCCGCGCGCUUCUACCAGGCGGUGGACGACCGGCUCUACUGCGUCUAUCAGAGCAUGGUGCUCUUCUUCUUCGAGCACUACACCGGGGUGCAGAUACUGCUAUAUGGAGAUAUGCCAAAAAAUAAAGAAAAUGUCAUAUAUUUAGCAAAUCAUCAGAGCACAGUGGACUGGAUCGUGGCCGACAUCCUGGCCGUCCGGCAGAAUGCGCUUGGACACGUGCGCUAUGUGCUGAAGGACGGACUCAAGUGGCUUCCCUUGUACGGGUGCUAUUUCUCUCAGCACGGGGGAAUCUACGUGAAGCGAAGUGCCAAGUUCAACGAGAAGGAGAUGAGAGGGAAGCUGCUGAGCUACGUGCGUGCGGGCACCCCGAUGUAUCUUGUGAUUUUUCCAGAGGGGACAAGGUAUAAUCCGGAACUAACAAAGGUCUUAGCAGCAAGUCAGGCCUUUGCUGCUCAAGAAGGCCUUCCCGUGUUGAGGCAUGUGCUGACCCCCCGCAUCAAGGCCACUCACGUGGCUUUCGACUCCAUGAAGAGCUACUUAGAUGCCGUGUAUGACGUCACUGUGGCUUUUGAGGGGACAGUGGACGAGAAGGGGCAGCGGAAGGAAGCGCCCAGCAUGACUGAAUUUCUCUGUAAAGAAUGUCCAAAAAUUCACAUACACAUCGCUCGCAUAGACAAGAAGGACGUCCCGGAGGAGCAGCUGCGCAUGAGGAGAUGGCUCCACGAGCGCUUUGAGAUCAAGGACAAGUUGCUGAUAGAAUUCUACGACUCGCCGGACCCGGACAGGAGGAACAAGUUCCCCGGGGAGAGCGUGCAUUCUCGGCUGAGUCUCCAGAAGACCCUGCCCUCCCUGCUCGUCCUCAGCGGCCUGACAGCCGGCCUGCUGCUGACCGAGGCCGGGAGAAAACUGUAUGUGAAGACCUGGGCCUUCGGGACCGUCCUCGGGUUCCUGUGGGUCAGCGUGCGGGCGUGAGCGUGUCCUCGGCUUGGUCAGUGUAAAUAAAGCCUUGUUGACGGAACUCUGCACAGGAGGCAGUGUCUGACGGGACCCCGCAGGCAGACACCCGUGCCCCCGGCCCAGGGCCCCUCCUGCCCCGCGGGCCGCGUGCCCCUGCACAGUCCUGGCCCAGAAGGCCCUGCUCGGUCUGCAGUCUGCGUCGCUAUGUCCGUUUCCGUUCCUCGCCCCAGUUCUCCUCGCUCACGGCUUUUGAGUCCUGUGGCCGUGGGGUGUUACUUCUCUGGCGAGUCUCUCCGAGUCAGCCAAGAGUCUGUCUUUCUGUCCCGAGGGGGGAGGGGCGAGGGACCGUCCCGGCCCCCGGCCUGCUCCCUCGUGCCGUGUCCGGAGCCCACUCUGAGCCGGCCUCACGGGCUGUCGACGCAGUGACCGGCCCUUCUGGCCCUCCCGGAAGUGACUCCAUCUGCACGUCUGUCUCUGUCCUGAGGCCUGGCGUGUGACACAUGAGGCUUGGGUUACCGUUGUGACCUGGUUCAGCCUCGGGAGCAUCGGUCACCCCGCUUUCCACGCCUGGGUGCCAGGGAUGGCUUAACUACCAGAUCAUCAGUGUCGCCCCCGGGCGGGCCUCGGCCAGGAGGUGCGUGCUGCCCGCCUGGCCCGCGUCUGCCCCUCGCAGCUUUCUCCCCUCCCCUCAGCGAGGCCCAGGGGGCACCCCCUCACCAGCUCCCAGACCCCACAUGCCGCCAUGUGCAGCCUUCCUGCUCUCCUCGCCCCUUUCUGAGGGCGACUCCUCUGGGUAGGGCCGAGAGCAGGUGCAGGGGCCCCGUGGGGUCGAGUGGGAAAGUGAUUUCAUGCCAAAUUGCCGUUUUCUUCUUACCUGUGAAGUGUAUAUCCGUGUCUCUUAUCAAACACUUUUUUUUUUCUUUAACAAUCCUGCAGUUGCAGUUUUUAUUUCUUAAUCUGAUCAGAAUCGAUGUGCGUCAUGCGAUCUGGCUGGUGUAGAUGAGCUAGGAGCACGUUCUGAGGCCCUGCGGGCCGGGCUCUCGCCCUGGAGGUUCUGAUCUCUGUUCCCACAAAAGGUCUAUCGCAUACUUGUUAGUUAAAACUCAUUACAAAUCUCUGGAACACUGGCCACUUUGUUUUAACAUGUACUGCUACGACGGGAAUCAUCAUUUCUCUAAAAUCCGCAUUUCUGUGCUCCCUGUGAGCCUUCUCCCGUGCUCUCGCGUGAGCGGCUGCGUCAUCUUUAUUACUGAGUUACAGCUUCUGUAGUUUUUCUUUACCCGACGGCCGUUGAUCAGCAUGCUUCGAUGUUCUUCAGGAAAGAGUCUGUUUGGAUGAAAGUAAAAGAAAAAAAUAAAAUCUUCCACUCUCUCUAAA